AUGACGAAGUCAAGGCUCUUUUGGAUAUACCGCAUGCCUUCAUCACCGAGCUCAAACUCGGAUGUUUCAGCGCCAACAGGUCCUUCCUCAGAGCCAAGGAGAGUGAUGUCAGGCGGCAGCACUUGCCCAGGCCCAAUGCGGCUCCGGAUCGCCCGACGCCAUCCCGGCAACUCCUUCACCGCUAAGAAGGGCUCCAGCAACGUCUACUCGGGCUCCGACUACCGUGCCGCCAUCCAGGCCGCCCUCGACUCCAUCUCUAGCGGCCAGCGUGUGGCCGUCAUGGCCUCGGGCUCCAUCGGCGCGAGCACCCUUACCAUCUCGAGCGGCAAGAUUUUCGAAGGCUGCGGCACCAUCAACGUGGGCAAUAAAUCCGGCCGGGGCGCCAUCGAGUCGACCGACACUACCAACGUGCAGAUCCCCUACCUGACCAUGACGGGCAACCCCUAUUUCGGCCUGCGCUUCUCGGGCACCAGCGGCCUCAGCCUCGGCAAGAUCACCAUGAACCUGAGCGGCGGCCUAGGCAUCCGCUUCGACCCCGACCGCGCCGCCAACUCCAACGUCAAGAUGGACGUCAUCAGCGUUACGGGCGCCGGCAGCCACGCCGUCGAGGUGUGGAACAUCGACGGCCUCGAGAUCAACCAAGUGAUCGCGCGCAACGUGGGCGAGUCCGGGCUGCUGUUGCAGGCGACGAGGAACGCGCACGUCAGGCUGGUGGACGGCAACAACGUGGCGACCGGCACGGGCUACGCGACCUUCCGCAUGGCCAACAACAACGGGCAGAACGCCAACGGCAACUACAACACCAACGUCUACAUCGACAAGGUGGUUUCGCGGGGCGGCGGGCGUGGUAUCUUCUGCGUGUCGCAGUCCGGUGGCGUCGUCAUCGAGGAGAUCGACCUGGCCGACAACGGCAACAACUCGAUCCUGAUCGAGAACUGCUACAACCUCUCGAUCCGCGGAGGCAAGGUUAACGGCGGCGGCGAGGUCCGUAUCUCGGCCCGCUCCGAGUUCCCCAACACCCGCGACAUCUGGAUCACCCUCCAAGUGGACGGCACCUCGGUGCGCGAGUCGCCGUGCGCUGAUAACUCCAACUGGACCCUUUCGGGGAACGGACAGAGGAACAUCUGCUAG